GUCAACGUUGUGUAUUUGUACAAAGCUAAUGAUUUACUAUAUUAGUUUCACUCAAACGUCAUAUGACUCUGAUUUACGUGUCACCUGUACUUGUAUUCCACUGUCGUGAGAAAAACACGGCGCCAGGCUCUCCUGUACAAACGAAUACACUAAUCCGUUGUCUGCCUCUGCAUAGUCGGCCUUUGUAAUGCAACCGUAUCAACAUGAAAAAUAAGCCAUAACCCUCCCAAGCUGCACAGGAAAGCCCAGACUGACAGUAGUAGAAGAUGGACCAGGCCUUUCCCAGUCUCCAGACCCCAGCCACUGAGCUCCAACUCAGGGUGGACUUCUUCAGAAAGUUGGGCUACUCCCCCAUGGAGGUUCGGGCCGCCCUGCUUAAGCUAGGCCUGAGUACAGACACCAACUCUGUACUGGGGGAGUUGGUCCGUAGCGGAGCCAGCACUGGUACUUCUAACUCCACCAUUCCUGAGAGUGGUGAAGAUACUACUGGCCACACAGGCUCCAGCAUGGCCUCCUCUAGGACCCAUGGCUCCCAAGGAGACAGACCAGUCUCAUUACUGGAAGACAGGAGGGACACAGACAGUGGACUGAAACCUAUCGUCAUUGACGGCAGCAAUGUGGCCAUGAGUCAUGGUAACAAGGAAGUGUUCUCCUGUAGGGGAAUUGAGUUGGCAGUGAUCUAUUUCCUGGAUAGAGGUCACUCAACUGUCAUUGUGUUUGUGCCCUCCUGGCGCAAGGAGCAGCCCAGGCCUGAUGUCCCCAUCACAGACCAACACAUUCUAAUGGAGCUAGAGAAGAAGAAGAUCGUUGUCUUCACUCCCUCGAGACGUGUCGGUGGUAAACGGGUGGUCUGCUACGACGACCGUUUUAUUGUGAAGCUGGCCUACGAGUCGGACGGCGUGAUCGUGUCUAACGACACCUAUAGGGACCUCCAGGGAGAGCGUCCGGAGUGGAAGCGCUGUAUCGAGGAGAGGCUGCUUAUGUACUCUUUCGUCAAUGACAAAUUCAUGCCCCCAGAUGACCCGCUUGGUCGUCAUGGUCCCAGUCUGGAGAACUUCCUGAGGAAGAAGCCUCUGCUACCAGAACACAAACGCCAACUCUGUCCUUAUGGUAAAAAGUGCACGUACGGCGUAAAGUGUAAGUUCUACCACCCUGAGCGCACUCACCAAUCCCACUGCUCAUUGGCUGAUGAGCUCAGGGAGAAGGCAAGGCUCUCCUCAGUAAAAGAGGACCGGAAUCACAUGAUGUCACACCUGAGGGGCCCCCAGUCCGAACCGAGCCCCUUUCCCUCCUAUUCUCUGGAGAAUGACCUGGAGCACAGGCUGACGUUGGAGCACCGCGGUUCCCUGAGGGAGGGUCCCAAUAGCCAGGUAACUGAGAACAUGUUGCUGUCCUGGGAUGGGCCACACUCCAGUAGGAACCAGCAGGCCCACAGCCCCACAGCAAUAGGCCAAGGACAAAUGGACUGGCCCAGUAUGCUCUCCCCCUACGCUACUACUGACCUCCCCUAUGCCAGCAUCUCCCAUGAGUGCCUGGACUCUGGUUUUGGCACCUAUGAGAGCCAGUACUCAGAUAUGUCCCAAGGCCACAGCAAGUCCUUCAGUCCCAGGCAGCAGCAGCAACAGCAGGGCUUCCCCUCUGGUUCCAGACAUCCAGGCAUGCAUCCAGAGAGGCUGGCCCAGGACAGCCUCCAGCCCUGCAGGUGUUGUUUCCAUUUGGCUCCCUUCACAGGUCCCCAGCAGCAGCAGCACCACAGCAACCCACACCUCGAGUCCCAAUCCCAGCCAAGGUAUGACACCUACUCGCCUUCUCUGUUCCCACCCAACAUGCACCACUACAGCCUCCCCUGCAACUUCCAGCAAGGCGGGGUGGGGGCACAUAAUUUCCACCCCCAUCAGCACCCCCAGAAGUACUGGUCAGACCCCUUCCAUGGCGGGGUCCCCCAGGCUAGGGCAUCGUGUAGCCUCACCCCGAGCCCCCACCUCCAUCACCCCCCUACUCCGCAUGGGGCCCCCCACUCAUGCUCCUCUUACAGGAAUCAGCAGGAACUCAACUCCUGGGCCCAGCCACCUCCACAUUCUGCCUUUGACACAGACAGAGAGGAGCUCCGUAAGAAACUGCAGGCCAUCUUCAACCCCCACCAAGUAGAUACGGUCAUGGGGAUGUUCCCUCACCUGAUGGACUCCCAGAAGCUGGCUGCGGAGAUCCUCAAUUUCAAAUCUGAUGGAGGGGCCUUCUGAUGCCUCUAAGCAUCUUGUCUAAGGGGUUAAUUCAGGGUUGAGAAGCUUGCACAACUCUAACUUCCACAUAAAUCAUUAAUUGAUUUCAAUGGGAUACUUGUGUGAAAAUGUGCCUUGGUUAAUUAUUCUCUUGUUCUUUUCCUUUGUAAUUUACUGUAACUGAUUGAAAGGGCAACGUUUUAUUGUUGAUGUUGUCCUUCCUUAGCAGUCAUGUGCUUGCAUAGCUUAUGUUAAAUCCAUGACAGGUUGUGUGUGCACAGUUUGGGAGAAGUGUGGGGAAUUGGGAUGAAUCCCCUGUCGUGUUUAACUGGAUUAUUUGAAAUAUAUUGAAAGUUGUAUACAUUUAUAACAGUGUAGUCAAAUCUUGCCUCUAGACUCAAUACCACGGCAAACGUGAAUCUAGAGUGUUUGACUGUUGAUGCAUAUUGUAUCAUUUGGGAUAUACCGUAUGUGAUCUCUCGUUUGUCUGAAAUUCAGCUCUCAUGCAAUACGAAUUGUCUCAAAUAAUGUCCUUGUCUGAAAUUGCACCUUUUACUAUUCUGUUUUUUGUAUAUUGUGGUUCUGAUGGCCAUAAUGUAUUUCCUGUCUCAUAGACCAAUAUAUUUGGUAUUCCAUCUCUUUAUGCAGUGUGGAAUACAAUGGUAUACAUUUUUUCCGUGUAUAAAGCUACGCCCAAAGAGCCCCAAAUACUAUACAGUAUCCUUCUAACCAAGAGAAUCUGUGGAAGAAGCUGCCAAAGAAACUGAAUUAAUGUUGGAAAAGCACCUUGUCAUUGACCCAAAUAUUGUAAUUCCCCCAUAGACCAGAAUGUGAUGUUCUCAGCAAGAUAAUGUAUAAAAAUGUGUACUGUAAUAUGUACAGUAUGUCCUGUGAGGGUCUCUUGUAAUCACCAAAGACUGGGUAAAUCCAAUAGAUCUUUUAAAGUAACUGUCCAGUGUUUCCCGAUUUCUAUGAAAUAUGACCAAAAAUUAAUUAGAAUACAGUAUGAGUGAUUUUUGUUUUCCUUUAAAUGUUUUCAAGUAUGUUAAAAAGCAGCUUUUCUGUGUUGGAAUGGUGUGGGUGUACCCCAACAACAGAAUGGUGUGGGCGUAUACCGGUAUAAAAAAUAUUCAUGCGAAUAGACUGCUGAUUGGCCAGCUCAAGCUCAAUGAGGAUGACCUCAUCCUCUAUGUGGAAAUAGCAAGCAUUUUUUAAACUGUCUGUUUGAGUUUAAGGGGUGGGGUUUUGUGUGUUUUCUCCAAUUUAUGCUUUGACCACAAAUAUGAGUCAACAACAUUUAUUUGCGUGUGAGUUAACAGAAUAUAAACUUUUUAAAAUUAGAUUUUCACUGGACAAUUACUUCAACAAUGUUUCUAUGAUAGUUGUCUGUCUUCGCUGUAUGCUGAUAGACAACACUUUGUAGUUUCUUUUUUAAGUGCCUAAACAUGUCAAAUGUAUAAUUCAAUUACAAUGGACAUUUGGAGUAGAGUUCUAGGUCUAAACAAAUUGUUAAACUUUUUUAUUUUAAACCCAUUUUGGUAACUUUAUUUAACAGCACGGUAAGUACUAGCUAGAUAUUUAAAGUUAGAAUGUUGUUAUUAUUAUGUUAUCAUAUAGUAUUACCAGCUUCAUAUCAGGUUAAUGCAGUCAUAACCUUAUGGUACUUGAAAUAAUUAGCAGGGAACACUAGGCAUUAUAUUUCUCAGCCAUUUUUAUGUAUUUUUAGAGUAGACUACUUUGUUUCUUCGGACUACAAAUAGCUACUAUACCAAAUAGUACAAUUUGUUGCCAAGUAUUUACCAGUACCUAGUACUUACCCGACUGUAAUAAAGGGUUACUCACUCAUUUUAUAUUAAUUUAUAUACCACUUAAACACUGCCUUUUGAAUGUUGGGAAGUCAUAUUACACAAAAAUGAAAGGUUUGAAAUAUACCUGUCUGUAUUUUCUAA